GGAAACACUGACGUGUUCUCACCAGUUUGCACGAGAGGGGGCUAGUUUAGCUAGCUAGGUAGAGCCGGGUAGUGACACAGCGGCCGUAUCAGAAUGUCAGAAGGAGACAGUGUUGGGGAUUCAAUCCAUGGGAAACCCUCUGUAAUCGCUGCCUUCUUUACACGGAUUGGACAGGUCUAUCAGUCAUGGCUAGACAAGUCGACGCCUUUCGCUGCAGUGAGAUGGGCAGCUACCUUAAUACUUACUGGGAUCUACAUGAUCAGAGUGUACAUACUACAGGGUUGGUAUAUAGUAACAUAUGCUUUGGGAAUCUACCAUCUCAACCUGUUCAUUGCUUUCCUAUCGCCAAAAGUGGAUCCGUCACUGCUUGACGAAGAUGAAGGGCCGUCCCUUCCUACGAAGCAGAAUGAGGAGUUCCGCCCGUUCAUCAGAAGGUUGCCCGAAUUCAAAUUCUGGCAUUCAGCAACAAAAGGCAUCGUCAUCGCCAUGAUUUGUACAUUUUUUGAUGCCUUCAACGUGCCAGUGUUCUGGCCUAUACUUGUAAUGUACUUCAUCAUGCUCUUCUGCAUCACCAUGAAGAGGCAGAUCAAGCAUAUGGUCAAGUACAGAUACCUACCUUUCACACAUGGGAAGAGGACAUACAAAGGCAAGGAAGACACAGGGAAAACUUUUGCUAGUUAAAAAUUCACACUUCCUUUUCUCCUUCCUCAUUUGAAAACGAUCACACACAGAUAGUGGGAAGUGAAGGAUUAGAGUGUUUUGUUUUUUUUUCUUUUUUUUCUAAAAGGGGCAGUGAUAUGACAGCAUUACAUGAAAAAAAAUAAAUAAAUAAAAAUUUUGAUCCAUGGUUGACAUUGUUGGUUGAGGAUAUGAGAAACCUGGAUCGAAUUAGUCUUGAAACAUUGCCUUCGACUAUUGAAGGGUAGGGGAGAUUCUUUUGAGGACCUCGAUCCUCAUUUUAGGACUCAUCUACAUUCGUUCGUUAGUAAUUGAGACUCAGUGCUGCCCUUUGCCUUUUUAACCCCAUGGGGUAAGUAUGGAGUCACCGAGAAGGAAUCACACUUAAAUUUGCAGUGAAAUGUUUCUUUUUUUUUUUUUUUUUUUCUUCCUUUUCAACAAUGAUUCCAGUACAUCUGUGUCCCAAGUGAAAUAAAUCUGCCAACUUUUGAUUAAUAUAUUGGUACAUGCUCAUUUGUAACAAACUAUAUAUUUAAAGUCAAUAGUGUUCGUAGCAAAAUAACACGAUUAGGUGUAGGAUGGAACUUCAAAUUGAAUGAUUGAAUUUUUUUGUGAUAAAAGUGUGCUGUUGCUCUGGCUUACAAGUGUCCCAGCUAGUUGACCUCUGUACUAAACAACCUCCCUGUAGAUAAUAGUCACAUUUCACUUGAAUAUGCGUUGAUCACAUUACAUACAUUUGAGACAGCACUUUUUAAUUGACAUUGGGUUUAAAUGCCGACUAAUGCAAAGCUAUACUUUACGUACAAACAUUAUACACUGUCCGGUCAAAAAAAAAAAAAAAGUUUCAUGCGCAGUAGUUCGUUUUGUAGUUUAGUUUUGAAUAUAAGACGCAUUCACUUUGGUAUCUUAUGUUUAUGCAAUGGCACAAUAAGUACCAUAACAUUUAUUUACAUCCAUAGUCGAGUUAAUUUUUGGUGUCUUGUAUGGGGGGAUGGAGUUAGACUGCAGCAUCAGGUCUUCUCCGGCACAAAGAUUCUCAUUUGGAUUCAGGUCUGGACUUAUUUCCAUGUGUGAAAAUGACACCUCAUGCUCCCUGAAUCACCCUUUUACAAUUUAAGCCUGAUGAAACCUGGCAUUUGUUCAGUAUUUACGCUGGCUAGUGUUUAAGAAAUGAGAAGCCUGCAGUAGAAAUGCAUCAGUGUGAGUUAAAUGUCUUGCUGCAGCUGAAACCUGUUAAUCACUGUGGUAAUUAUUUACCUAUUUGCUUAGUAAAGCCAUCGUUGGAGUAUUUUUUUUUUUUUUUUGACUGAACAGUGUAUACGAACAUUACAGCCCCCCACCACAUUGACUAAACGCGUAAUUCAAGUCAAGUGUCACUAACACCAACCCAUUCAGUUUUCUGACCCCUUUAGUCUGCCUUUAAAUCUGCUUUUUUUUUUUUUUUUUUUCUCCCCAUUUUUGCACAUGUAGUAGAGUUUAACAGAUGGGAUACUGUGUCCGUGAGCACCCCUUCAAACUAAUUCUGUUGAUCACAUACGGGGGCAUUUUGCUUGAAAUGGCAAGUCAAUGAAUUUGCUUUACCUCAGAUUUUUACACCAUUAUACGGAUAACGUUUCAAAACUGCGCAUCUAGAACGCACUACCAGUAUUUAAAUCAAAUCCAUACCGAAAUCUGAUGUAACAGUCAAGCAAUGUUUAUCCCCAAGACCUUUUCUCUUUGAAACCUUCGCCCAUCUGUGUUUCAAAGCCUGGGGUCCAUUUGAUUUGUGUAGACUAGCUGUUGUACUCCUUUAUAUUCUGUGUUUUCUUUAAAAGAGCUAUGGUAAAUAUAGUCAUUCCAAGCAAACUGUUGUUCUCUUUCUUUUGCAGAGGAAACAUAAGAAAACUGAGAUUGAGAGCUUUUAUUAUAACAAAUGGAUGAAGUGGGUGGCGAUCACACCUCCUUUUCUAUAACCCUUUUGAUUUUUUUUUUUCCUUCCAUUUUUAUCAAUAUGCUGGGGAUUUUCUGUCAUUACUAAAUUUUGAUCAGCACUGUAGUAAGGGAUCACUUUUUUUUUUUUCCUGUAAAAAGUUCAUGUUUUCAUACAGUUGUCCGGAGGAUAUGUGUAUAUAUAUAUAUUUUAAAAUAUAAUUUUUUUUUCUUGAGAUUAUUUUUGUUUUUCCUCCAACCAUCAUACUGUUUCCAAGUGUUUAAAUCCAUUUCAGCUGAAACUGUUACAAGCUGAACUUAAUUCGGAUAGAGAUUUGUUGAAUUAAAUAUGUUUCUCAUGGAUUGCAUGUUGUUGUUUUCUUGUGCUACACUUAAAGAAAAACUUGAUUUUAAUAACUUAAGUGUAAUUUUUUCACUCCAAAUGCUAUUAAAGAGGCUGUGUCCCUUCAAACAGUA